AAAAAAAAACAAACGGGAUCAGACCAAAACCUAGAGCUGAGGACGAAAAGAUCGAAUGAAGAGCCUUCACCUCACAUUUCCCAUAGUGCUUGAAGCCCACCUUCUCCCACCCAAUUCCAGUACUUCCAAAUCCCUCAGAGUCUCAGGUUUCGAGUCCAAUAGAUGGCCACGACGAUCGCCUCAGCUCUCUUCUCCUCGAAUUCUCGGCUCCCGGCCGGAAGAGAACUUCAGAGGCGAGCCUUUAACCCUAGGGCAUCAUCCAGUUCAAUCUCCCUCAAGGAGGAUAUCGUCAUUGUCGGCGCUGGCAUCGCAGGCCUCGCGACCGCUCUUUCUCUCCACAGGCUUGGCGUCCGAUCACUGGUGCUUGAGCAAGGGGAUUCGCUUCGAACAGGAGGAACCUCAUUGACGCUCUUUAAGAACGGGUGGCGUGUUCUGGACGCGAUCGGUGUGGGAGAUGAGCUUCGAAAUAGAUUUAUCGAGAUCGAGGGUCUUGUGAUGAGAUCGGAGGAUGGGAGGGAGCUGCGGUCGUUUUUGUUUGAGGAGGAAGCACCAGGACAAGAAGUCCGUGCGGUAGAGAGGAGGCUGUUAUUGGAGACCCUUUCAAGUAGGCUGCCUCUCAAUUCAAUUUUAUACUCGUCUAGGGUUCGAGCUAUUAAAAAACAAGGAACAGGCGAUACACUUUUAGAACUGGAAGAUGGUACUGAAAUGCUUGCCAAGAUUGUGAUAGGCUGUGAUGGAAUUCGAUCACCAGUAGCAAAAUGGAUGGGUUUUCCAGAGCCCAAAUAUGUUGGACAUUGUGCCUUUCGUGGCCUUGGACUUUAUCCUGCAGGCCAGCCAUUUAAAGCAAGAGUGAACUACAUCUAUGGAAACGGACUCCGUGCAGGGCUUGUUCCCGUUUCCCAAACACAAGUUUAUUGGUUUAUCUGCUUCAACAGCCCAACGCCAGGUCCAAGAGUUGAUGAUCCAAGCAUUCUUAAAAAUCAAGCUCUCGAGCUUUUGAGAAACUGGCCUUCAGAUCUGUUAGAUGUCCUGCACAACACACCAGAUGAUGUUGUGAUCAAGACACCUUUAGUAGACCGAUGGCUUUGGCCCUGCUUUAGCCCGCCGGCGGUGGCAAAUAAGGUGGUGGUCGUCGGUGAUGCUUGGCAUCCGAUGACGCCUAAUCUCGGACAAGGUGCAUGCUGUGCCUUAGAAGACUCGGUCGUUCUUGCAGGAAAACUCGCUGCGGCAUUAAAGAGAGGCAAUGAUGAAUCGGUCGAAGCGGCUCUCAGAUCUUUCGGCGAGGAGCGGUGGGGUCGAAUGUUUCUGCUUACUGCUCGGGCUAAUUUGGUCGGCUCGUUGUUACAGUGGGAUAAUCCGGUGGUGUGUGGAUUCAGGAACAAUAUUGUGAUUCCUUGGUUUGUGAGGUUAGCGCCAUUUUUAGAGCAUACAAACUUCGAGUGUGAAUUCCUGGAGCCUGUAGCUUCUACCUGAUUAAACCUGUUUUGUAUGUAUUUGCGAACUAGCAAUUUGUUAUAGAUGCAAACAUAUAGGUUUAGAUUGCAAA